UGUGCGGAGCCGAGUGAACUGACGACUCGAUGACAAGGAAGGCUUGUGAAGAUCAGCUACUUAUAGAUGACUUUAAGGCUUGCGUAUACGCGUGGUGUGAGGCGUGUGAAGGAGUUGAAGAAGAUCAUUAAUAUAGCGCUCGUCCGUCGCAAACGUCAAAGGGGCCCAAUGUCGGCUAAGCAGAAGCCUCGAUGAUUGAUGAGUACUAGUCCCCCUCACCACAAAUACUUGAUAUCCUAAUAGGGCCUAAUGGGGCUCGUUGCGUUGUCUAAAUGGCAGAGCACAAUUGGCUGGCAGAGAACCGAUAAAGGAUUAUGUAAACCCUUACAGAUAUUAUAUUUCUGCAGGCAGGCGGUCAGCGCGUGAUUCAACCAUUAAUAUUCAGUGCGUCUUCCCAUCUCUAUCCACUUUUUGAAUUUUUGCUUUAUCCCCCCCACCAUGUCUUUCGCCGCGAUUCGUGCACCACUUCGCAGGCAGGCUUUGUCUGCAUCCUUCAAAAGGCCUCAGCUGCGCACGUCUUCCUUCCGCAAGUAUUCAACGGAAGCUCCUCCAGCAGCCAAGUCCAACACUGGUCUCUACGUCGGCCUUGGUGCCGUCGUUCUUGGUGGUGGUGUUGCAUACUACUUGUAUGAUUCAUCUUCGGAGACGGCGAAGGUGACUUCUAGUGCGCUGAAGUCUGCGGCUCAGUCAGCAAAGGUUGCCACAAACUUUGUCCCGACUAAGGAAGACUACCAGAAAGUGUACAACCGUAUCGCCGAGGUGAUUGAUGAUGCCGACGACUACGAUAAUGGCUCUUUCGGCCCUGUAGUUGUCCGUCUGGCAUGGCAUGCCUCUGGCACAUACGACAAGGCUACUGGCACUGGCGGAAGCAACUACGCGACCAUGCGUUUCCAGCCCGAGUCACUCCAUGGAGCUAACGCGGGUCUUCACGUCGCCCGUGAAGUGCUAGAGAAGAUUAAGCAAGAGUUUAGCUGGAUCAGCUACGGUGACUUGUGGACGCUUGCUGGUGUCGCUGCUGUGCAGGAAAUGGCUGGCCCAAAGGUUCCUUGGAGGCCUGGUCGCAUUGAUGGCUUUGAAUCCCACGUACCCCCUGAUGGCCGUCUUCCUGACGCCUCCCAAGGGGCGCCGCAUAUCCGGGAUAUUUUCUACCGUAUGGGCUUCGACGACCAAGAAAUUGUUGCUCUCUGCGGUGCCCAUGCUCUCGGCCGUUGCCACACCGACCGGUAUAGCCUUCGCUGUAUUUUCCUUUCUGUUACUGAUUCAAUUCUACCCAGCUCUGGUUAUGAUGGACCUUGGACCUUCUCUCCCACCACGUUCACCAAUGACUUCUACAAACUCUUGUUCGAUGAGAAGUGGGUGUGGAAGAAGUGGAACGGACCUAAGCAGCUUGAGGACAAGAAGACCAAAUCGCUCAUGAUGCUCCCGUAUGUUGCCUUAAGUAUGCAUCGUCAACAUUGGCUGAAAGUCUUUCAGAACGGACUACGUUCUUACACAGGACAAGAGUUUCAAGAAGUACGCAAAGGCCUACGCUGACGACGUUGACCUGUUCUUCAAGGAGUGCGUCACUUAAUAAUUGGUGCAUUCAUAUACUAACACAGUCUUAGUUUCUCUGCUGCUUACUCCAAGC